AUGUUUGAUGAGUAUCCAAUCGAAAAUUUCUAUAGUUUAUUAAGACGUCAAACUAAAGAUAAAGUUAAUACACCACAUACUAUUCGGCGUGAUGCUAUAUUUGUUGAUAAUUUACGGAAUGAGGAUACAUUUGUUGAUUUUUUUGUUCCCAAAAAAGAUUAUCCUUAUAAAAAAAAGGAUUUAGAUGUUUUAAGCAAAAGUACUGCAAUUUUCCUUUUGGAAUUCUUUAGUCAAAUUUGGAAUAACGAUUAUGUAGAAAAGAAAAUUGAAGGAACAAGAGUUAAAAAAAUUUACUACUAUUUUUCAAAUAUAUCAUCACGGUUUUCAUCUGGUAUCUUACCAUUAGGAUAUCAUUCAUUAACACCUCCAAAACAAGAAAAAUUUUGUGAUCGGAUUAAUUGCAACAAAACUGAUAUAGGAACUGGACAAGUGCUUAUUUGUGGUCACGCAUACCAUGAUGAAUGUUUUAAAAUUAUGGGAUUUUAUUGUGAUUCUUGUUUUAAAUAUCUUUGUCAUUCUAUUGAUGAAUUAGCUAAUUCAUAUAACGAAAGAUUACAAUUAGAUGAAAAUUUAAAUGAAAAAUUAGCCGAAGAUAACAAUAAUAAAAAUGAAGAU